AUGCGUCCUUCGCCAGUCUUCUCCCUUCGCAUACGCUCGUUUGUCUCUCGACAUGACGUCGUCCCACCAGAUGCCACCGUUCAAAAGCCCAUCGAGGCAGCCUACUACCGCGGGGGCACAUCACGAGCCGUGAUUAUACAACCGCAAGCUCUGCCUAAGCACCGCGCAAAAUGGCCGACCAUCUUCCGCCAGAUUAUGGGGAGUGGCGAUCCUUAUGGGCGACAACUUGAUGGCAUGGGUGCAGGCAUAUCGAGUCUUAGCAAAAUAUGCCUUGUAGAACCUUACGGGAAGAGGAUUGCACUACCUGAGAGAGCCACUCGUUUUCGAACUGGGUUCGGUGGCAUUGAUGCAGCUCGUGAGAGUGCACAGGCUGCACAGGCUCAAGAAGGGGCGAAGUUGGCUGGGAACGAGCAAAACUUGGACAUUGAUUAUACCUUUGUUGGCUUGGGCAUUGAAAACGAUGAAGUAGACGUCGCGGGCAACUGUGGAAACAUGAGCAGUGCAAUAGGUCCCUAUGCUUACAAUGCUGGUCUUCUCCCAGCCAGAGUGUAUGCCCAAGGCGACGGAGAGGUCACUGUCAAGAUACGGAACACGAAUACCGGAAAGCUGAUCGACUCCACCUUCGAGGUCAUUGGAGCGCAGGCUGCGGUCGUGGGCGACUACAAGAUUGAUGGUGUGACCGGUUCCGGCUCAAAGAUCAAGUUGGACUUCAAACAUCCGUAUGGCAGCAAGACCGGCAAAGUGCUACCAACUGGCAGGAGGGUGGACGAUAUUGGGGGCUACAGAGUGUCUUGCGUAGACGGCGCGAACCCAUGUAUCUUUAUCCGAGCCGAUGAUGUUGGUGUAGACGGCACCAUACUGCCCAACGACUUCAACAAGCUUCCAGAUAAGCUUGCCUUACUCGAAAGUAUACGUAAAGCCGCUGCCGUCGCCAUGGGUAUUGCGCCUACCGAAGACGAUGUCCCUCGUACUAUACCCAAGAUCGGUCUCGUAUCACAGUCGUCUUCGCAUCCUGUAUUGUCAGGGCAAACACUCAAGUCGUCACAGACGGACAUUGUCAUUCGCUUCCUUUCAGAUACUCAGCCUCAUCGGGCCAUUCCCCUGACUGCUGCAUUGACAUCAGCAGUCGCGGCGCGUAUUCCCGGAACUAUUGUUGAGCAGAUGCUGGCUCCCGAGCCGUUGAUGGAGGGCGCCAUAACGAUCGGCCAUGCAAGUGGUCGACUGCAGGUCAACGCCACUAUGGACACGAAGAACAAACUCUAUCCUGUUAGUGGCACGGUAUAUAGGACUGCCAAGAGAUUGUUCGAAGGGAAAACAUUCUGGUCGGACAAGACUGACAAGAGGGAAGAGGUUACUAAAACUGAGAGCCCCUACGGCAGUACUGGUAGACAUUCCCUAGGUCUAGCUUUCAUACUAGAGAACCGGGGUAAAAGCUCAGCCCAUCUCUUCGAAGAACCAGCCGCGCAGUCAGAGCAACAACCUGAAGCAAUCGAGCCCGACCUUGACCAAAACGCAGCUCAUCAGCAAACUCUGGAACAAAUCGAGCAAAACGAAGAAUCUCAGCCAGAACAAAAAGCCCCCACCCUGAGUCACAGACCGCUUCCAGAUCCGCAUAGAAAACGACCCGACCUUAGACAGCAGACAGACAAAGAAGCUGCGCUUACAUCUGCUCUUCAAGACCUCCAUUCAGAAUUGUCUACCCUUGUUUCUGAAAAUAAUAUCGCGAGUACCGCCCAACACUCAUCCUGCCUCCUCACUGCGGUUCUGAAAGCACAUCGCUCGAUCCAGAUCAACGCUAUCGCGCAGAGGCGUUCAGCGAAGAAAGCCGCGGACAAGGCGAAGAAGAUGGAGAGGAAGAGGGAGAGUAAUGGAGCAAAACCUGAGGUGGAAAGUGGGCAAGCGCGUCUAGACGAUGACCGGGAGCAGGAGGAGGAGGAGUCGAGGCUGAGCAGGCAACCCCAGAUCAACGCCUUAACACAAAGACGACCGUGGAGAAAUGCUAGCGAUAGGGCAAGGGAGACGAAGCAUUUGAUGGGGAACAGCGGAGAAAAGGAUGAGGGCGUAGAAUAUAGGCGUAAAGCUGAGGGUGUGGCCAAGGCUGGGAGAGCAGCACGCGGAAAGGGGUUGAAGAAGAAAGAAGAGGGAACGAGGUGA